GGUCUUUAUUCCAGUCAUCUGAUACCGCCUACUUUUACCAAAUAAAACGUUUCCUUUCUAAGACGUUAGUAAACAAAGAAUUCCACUAUAUUGCAGCUGUAGGCAUCCGUCGGUUCACAUCAAAGUAGUGACUUGCCUAUCUUUGAAGAUGUCACACCAGGGCUGCAAAGGUAAAAAGAAGGGUCACGACGAACACGAUGAUCCGGAGACCGAAGAUGAAUUCCCACCAUUUGAAGAAGUUGAGGCGUUUCCUGAGUUAACUGAAAUAGAAUUUAAGCGUCCAACUGCUGUUGAUGUGGGAGUAGGAGAUGUUAGCGACAGUACAUUAGGGACAAGGGUGAGUGAGACUUCCUCAGGAAAUGUUUACAUGAGAUUCACAUCCGCUCUCGGUAAUAUACGAAUAUGGAAAGUUGUUGAUGGAAGAUUCAUGUUUUCUGUUGACGACGACAACAUGCGAUUUAUUACAGCGUAUCAAUGGAAUGGGAAUUGGUACGUUUUGUGGAUGCCGGGAAGCGACCCAGCUGGUGUAACAGAGGCGAAUAUGGGCUCUGAUAGUCGUGUGUGGCAAGUCUACUCAAAGUUUUCCGAUUAUUUUAUACGAUUGGAAAUGCGAAAACAACUUUAUUUAAAUUCCGAUCGAGAAGCUGGAAAACUGAAUAUUAUGGAUGUUGGCGAUCCUGACAAUACGAGAGAAGUAACACCGUUGAAAAUCGAAAUUGUUUAGUUAGACUAAAGGAGGCAUUGACCGAAUAUUGAUGCAAGAUAUAUCUUCGUGAUGUCAACUUCGUACGUAGUUAAGGCGAUGUUUAAAUGUGUACUUACAUGAUCUAUGUGUACUCAAUUGUUUCGGAAUUUUAUCUUCGACUAUGGCUACUGAAACAAGGACUACUGUUAAUUAACAUAUUAUUCUUAGCGGGGAAAGGAGAAUGUAACAUCACUGAGCAUUCAGACAUUAAAUUCUACACAUUCGCGAGCAAAUAUGGAUAUACUGCUCCAUGGAAAUAGCAGCACUGCUGAUAAUAUUUGGUGUAAUAUAUAUCGGUUCGAAUUUCUCAGCAACGCGCUGAUGAUUGCCUGGUUAGAGGAAAUAUAUUCUUUCUAGCGUUGCGCUCAUGCUAUUAUAAUUCUAAAACGGUUUUGUUAUAUUGUUUAAACCAACCGAAGUGAAACCCCAUCAUAUCUCCCAACGAAGCACUAACAGACACCGACCCAACGCCAAUCCAAUGGCCAUUCCCAAAUAUAUAUGAAUGUUUUUCGUUCAUUUAAAAUGCGUUCUUUACAUGUUUAUAACGAAUUAUAAAAUGUUAUUCAGUCAUGCUGCUCUUUUUACUAUAAAUAUGUGUUUAAGAUGAGGAGAAAUUGAAAUUGCCUAAAAGAGGUCACAGGAAACCGCUGAAAACAAUAUGGAUCAAGUUCAGAGCAUGUACGAUAGAGAAAUACCGUAGCCAAAAUUUAUCGUGAAAAUUAGAAA